CCGCAGCUUGCUGCGGUUGCCCAGAGGAUUAAGCUCCAGCCUCCGCGGUUUCACAAAGUCCAGCUCCUUAUAAGGAGGAACAACGAAUCACGUGGAGUCUUCACCAGCGAACUCCCCGAGGCAUGAUUAGUGAAAGCGAGAGAGAAGGAAGAGAUAAGGCAAAGUGACUUAAAGUGGGUGGGGACGGCAUCUUGAUCAAACAAACAGCAAUCGUACAGUCCCUGAGAGAAGCCCGCCUGGGACUGCUGCCGAGUAUGGAGGAGUUGUAUCCCUCUUACAGCCGGAGCCCUGUCUGGGAAGAGAUGGAAUCGGAAAAGGCGGCGGCGGGGGCAAUGGCGGGCCUGGGGCCGGGGGCUCAACACCAGGCGCACGGGGUCAGCUCGGGAGCUGCGGCGGCUGGAGACGAGUCGUCCGAUAGCGAUGGAGAACACGAGGGGCCGCAGAAACUCAUCAGGAAAGUCUCCACCUCGGGACAGAUACGCAGCAAGACGAGCAUAAAAGAAGGAUUUUUACUGAAGCAAACCAGCUCAUUUCAGCGAUGGAAAAGAAGAUACUUCAAAUUACGGGGACGGACUCUUUACUAUGCCAAGGAUUCGAAGUCCCUUAUAUUUGAUGAAGUGGAUCUGUCGGAUGCAAGUGUCGCUGAAUCAAGCACAAAAAACGUUAACAACAGCUUCACGGUAAUUACACCAUUCAGAAGACUAAUUCUUUGUGCUGAGAAUAGAAAGGAGAUGGAAGACUGGAUCUCUUCAUUAAAAUCAGUACAGAGUAGAGAGCACUACGAGACGGCACAGUUUAAUGUGGAACAUUUCUCAGGGAUGCAUAACUGGUAUGCCUGCUCCCAUGCUCGCCCUACAUUCUGCAACGUUUGUCGAGAAAGCCUGUCUGGUGUCACCUCUCAUGGACUCUCCUGUGAAGUUUGUAAGUUCAAGGCCCACAAGAGGUGUGCUGUGAGAGCAAUCAACAAUUGCAAGUGGACAACCCUGGCUUCAAUAGGGAAAGAUAUCAUUGAGGAUGAGGAUGGGAUCGCCAUGCCUCAUCAGUGGCUCGAAGGUAACCUGCCUGUUAGUGCCAAGUGUGCCGUGUGUGACAAGACAUGUGGCAGCGUACUCCGCCUGCAGGACUGGAGAUGCCUCUGGUGCAAAGCCAUGGUGCACACUGCCUGCAAAGAACUGUAUCCUCGAAAAUGUCCUCUGGGCCAGUGCAAGGUGUCCAUCAUUCCUCCCACUGCAUUGAAUAGCAUUGAUUCUGAUGGGUUUUGGAAAGCCAGCUGCCCGCCUUCUUGCGCCAGUCCACUUUUAGUCUUUGUCAACUCUAAGAGUGGGGACAAUCAGGGAGUCAAGUUCCUACGAAGAUUCAAGCAGUUGUUAAAUCCAGCUCAGGUGUUUGAUCUCAUGAAUGGAGGACCUCAUCUUGGAUUACGAUUGUUUCAAAAAUUUGAUACUUUCCGUAUUUUAGUUUGUGGAGGAGAUGGAAGUGUUGGAUGGGUGCUAUCUGAGAUUGAUAAGUUAAACCUGCACAAACAGUGUCAGCUCGGAGUUCUACCAUUGGGAACAGGAAAUGAUCUGGCACGGGUCCUCGGCUGGGGAGGGUCAUGUGAUGAUGACACACAGCUCCCCCAGAUCCUUGAAAAAUUGGAACGGGCCAGCACCAAAAUGUUAGACAGAUGGAGCAUUAUGACGUAUGAGAUAAAAAUACCACCAAAACAUUCCUUGGCAGUGACCCCAGAGGAGGAUGCUGAGGAAUCCCAAUUUCAGAUAUCAGCAUAUGAGGAUUCUGUUGCUGCUCACCUAACCAAGAUCCUCAACUCUGACCAGCACUCAGUCGUAAUAUCUUCUGCCAAAAUUCUGUGUGAAACUGUGAAGGACUUUGUUGCCAAAGUUGGUAAAUCGUACGAAAAGGCCAAUGAAAAUACAGAAGAGAGUGAAACACUGGCAAAUAAAUGUUCGGCGCUGAAUGAGAAGCUGGACUCUCUGCUGCUGACCCUCAGUGACGAAUCCCAAGCCACCAAAAGCCACCAUUGCACAACACCACCUAUUGUGGAGGAGGAAGGUGAAGAAGAAGAGUCCAGUGAAGAAUCCUUAUUCGUGGAGCACAUACCACCGAGGUCUUCCACCCCGAAAUUCAAGUCAAGGGAGCAACUUAUGCUUCGGGCAAACAGCCUAAAAAAGGCAGUGAGACAGAUCAUCGAACAAGCAGAGAAAGUUGUGGAUGAACAGAAUGCUCACACGCAAGAACAGACUGAAGUUGAACUGAAAAAGAACAUUGAGGAGGACUUGAAGGAGGAGGAAAAGGAAGAAGAUGAGACUAAGGAUACCGACAUACAGAGCACUUUCCGGUCUGCUCAGAGAUCCCCUCCAGAGAGACGAAUCCAUCGCACCACCACUUCCUACACUGGUCCAUUUACAACCUCGCCAUUAACUGCUAGCAAGGAAAAUCUCCCGGUGCUGAAUACUAGAAUCAUCUGCCCAGGUUUACGAGCUGGACUUGCUGCUUCAAUUGCUGGAAGCUCAAUCAUCAGCAAAAUGUUACUGGCAAACAUCGACCCUUUUGGAGCAACACCGUUCAUUGAUCCUGAUCCAGACUCUCUGGAAGGCUACACUGAGAAAUGUGUUAUGAACAAUUAUUUUGGAAUUGGAUUAGAUGCCAAAAUCUCCUUGGAAUUUAACAACAAGCGUGAGGAGCACCCUGAGAAAUGCAGAAGUCGGACAAAGAAUAUGAUGUGGUAUGGCGUGCUUGGUACCAAGGAAUUGCUACAGCGAACCUAUAAGAACUUAGAACAGAAGGUGCAACUUGAGUGUGAUGGACAAUACAUUCCUCUACCCAGUCUCCAAGGCAUUGCUGUAUUAAACAUUCCAAGCUAUGCUGGUGGAACUAACUUUUGGGGCGGAACAAAAGAAGAUGAUAUCUUUGGUGCUCCUUCAUUUGAUGACAAGAUCUUGGAAGUCGUGGCUGUAUUUGGAAGUAUGCAAAUGGCAGUAUCAAGAGUCAUCAAGCUUCAGCAUCACAGAAUAGCUCAGUGUCGGUCUGUGAAGAUCACCAUUCUGGGAGAUGAGGGCGUGCCAGUACAGGUAGAUGGAGAGGCGUGGAUCCAGCCACCUGGGGUCAUCAAAAUCGUGCACAAAAACAGAGCGCAGAUGCUGACAAGAGACCGAGCAUUCGAGAAUACUUUGAAAUCCUGGGAAGACAAACUGCGGUAUGACUCUUGCAGACCAGCCCUGAGACCCCAUCUGUACCCGCAGCAGUCAGUAGACCUGGCCACAGAGGAGGAGGUCACCCAGCUGCAGCUCUGUGCCCAGGCAGCCGAGGAGCUAAUCACAAGAAUCUGCGAGGCAGCCAAAAUCCACAGCCUCCUGGAGCAAGAACUGGCACAUGCUGUCAAUGCAAGCUCUCAUGCGCUAAAUAAAACACAUCCAAAGUUCCCAGAGAAUCUUACCAGGAACACAGCAAUUGAGAUUGCUAGUAACGUGAAAGCCCUACAUAAUGAAACAGAAUCAUUGCUCGUUGGAAGAGUUCCUCUGCAACUCGACUCGCCUCAGGAAGAGCAGUUGUCUACAGCGUUGAAUCUUGUGGACAUUGAACUGCAAAAACUUGCUGAAAUUCCAUGGCUUUACCAUGUGCUGCAGCCAACAGCUGAAGAGGACCAUUCAUUGGAAUUUGCCAAAAGAAACAGUCGAAGUGCUAUGUUCCGAAUUGUGCCAAAGUUUAAGAAAGAAAAAACCCAAAGGCAUAAGGCAGCCCCUCAACCAGUUCAGAAAUGGGGCACAGAUGAAGUUGCUUCUUGGCUGGAGCUGCUCAGCUUGGGAGAAUACAAAGAACGCUUCAUCCGUCAUGACAUCCGAGGUUCUGAGCUAUUGCACCUGGAAAGGCGUGAUCUGAAGGAUCUGGGGAUAACGAAAGUGGGCCACAUGAAGCGAAUUCUCCAGGGAAUUAAGGAUCUUGGCAAAAACAUUUCCAUGCCAGAGGUGUAGCUGUUCUGGUGCUAUUUCAGAAAAUAGGGGAGCGUUGUUUGGACUUCACUUACAAGUCCCACAGUUGUAUGACUUUCUGCUGCCUUUACGCUCAGCAGGAUUUAUGACCUCACAGCUGUCACGGGGUGCAAUGUUCAGGCGUUUGCUUCGAUUAAUGUGUUAUUUUCUAACCUUAAACUGUUGUGAAUUAAUUUGAGGGUUGUGUGCCAAUGCAAUUAACCCUCCACAGCCAUUUUAGAUUGUUAACAUGACAAGUCCUAUUAUGCAUUGGUAAACUUGCGUAACCCUCCUGGAUUCAAGGAUGCUGCAAAAUGGCAACUACAGGUGCAUAAUAUUUCAGGACUUCCUUCCGCGAGGGCCGUAGAUCCAAAAAUGGCUUGUUUUUGUUUUCGCUUUACAUAUCGAUUUAAUGCAGACAAUUGCCUUUAAUUUCUUUAGAAGGCAGUAUUGAUUUGUAUCCUAUACGUUUUUUUGGAGUGGACUUGUUAUCAGUAUUUCUUGUCCUAUGAAUAUGGUCUGUGGAACAUAUCACUUGAUGGCCAAGGAGCUUAAUUUAGACUGAAGCAGGAAACACAUGCAGUGUAGCAUGCAUGUAAAUUCUCCCGCAUGGUGUGCCUGCUUGAACUCUUUCUAGGAUUGCAUGAUAUAUGCCUAAUGCUUUUUAAAAGAGAAACACUUGAACAAGUUUUAUAUUUGUUUAAUAGUCCGUAACUUAUUACUACUGAAGUGUUUGUGAAUGAAAAGUUGUUUCUGCUGCUCUGUGUUAAACUUUGCAUGAGCACAUUUCUUUGACAAGGACUGGUUCAUAGGAGUUAUGCCGCCUUAUUCAGACACUGGCAGACAACCCGCUUGCUCGUUUGCGGGUAAUUCAGUGACUGUAUGAUUAAUGAUGAACAGGAGUGUUGGUGACAGGGUAGUACUCAUCACAAUUAUCUCUGUGAUGGAUGUAUUUUUUACAUUAUGUGAGUUUGUGAAUGUGUAUGUAUGCACAUGUGUGUGUACACAAGUGUGUAAAAGUUCACUGGCAAUACAUAAUUCUGGAAUUUAAUGGGCAUGAAAAGCAAUGAUCACAUUUUUGACCUUAGCCACACAGGCCCCUGCCCUCCCUCCUCCCCCAAACACCAAGAUACCAUAUUUCUGGGUGAGCCACAGCUAUUUAAACUUCUGAGUUCUUUGUGAACCUCUGCUGAAUAGAAAAGAAUGGAAAUAUUUAACAAAACCACAAGGAGGCCUGAUUCAACCUGUGCGGACUUGUGCAAUUGGAAUUCCACAGCACAGAAGGUGACCACUCAGUCCAUUGUAUCUGUACUACCUCUUUGACAGAACCAUCCAAUUGGUUCCCCUUAUCUAUUUAAAAAUUUUUUUUUAAUGCAUAUUAAGUUGCCAUUUGAAAGUUGUUCUUUUAUAUAUAUAUCUUCUCCCGUUUCAGCUAACAUUAUUGAAUCACAGUUAGUUGAAAAGAGAAAGUUCUUUCAUCUUCCACUUUUUUGUCAAUUAUCUUAAAUCUAAAAGCAUUAGAAUAUAAUUCUAUGAAACUUACUACUGGAUCUUCAUUUUCAUCGUUGUUCUUAUUUUCAUUAUAAUUUUCAACCUUCCUGAAGAGCCAUUCAGAUAGGCACAUGGAAAUGCAGAGAAUAAAGGGGUAUGGACAUGUGCAAGCAGAUGAGAUUAGUUUAUCUUGAAAUCAUGUUCAAUGCAUACUUUGUGGGCAGAAGGGCCUGUUCCUGUACUGUACCUUUUCUUUGUUCUAUGUUUUCAAAUUCUUCCACAAAUCAAUAACACUCAGCUGUACCAUUCUCCCACCUCAUUCAAAAUGUCUGUAUCAGCAGACUGCCUGCCCAAGGUCAAGUCUCCGAUGAGCCCACACAUAUGCCUGGUUAAUAUUAAAACGGCCAAAACCAUUGUUUCCAUCCGCCAACCUUGACUAUCUUCUCUAGAAGAAUGUAAUGCUUUAUAGCCCCAACAUCCCAUUUGACUCUGACUUGAGUUUCUGAUUUUUCACCACAAAGACCAACAUUUUACAUCUCCAAUUUACACCUCAAUGCCAACUCCACCUCAGUUCUUCCACUGAAACCAUUUGACUUGAUUUUAUUAAAUGGCCUCCAAAAUUGUAAUUUUGUGCUAAAUUUCACUCUGUUUUUGCUAAAUCAACAUCUGAAAUUUAAAAUUUCCAUUCUUUUCUUUAGAUUAUUUUUUCUAUCUUUGUAACACCCAUUGUUACCAUCAUACCCUAGCUAUUUGAUUGAUUGAUGUCUUCUCAAUGCCCAUUCCACUCUUCCCUUUGUUCCAUCAUAAGCAACGUACCUUUUGAUGAUGGGUCUUCGACCAGAAACGUUAACAUUAUUCUUAUUCGCAUGGGUGGUUCUGACCUACUCAGUAUUUCCAGCAUUUUCUGUUUUCACUUUGGACUUUCAGCAUCUGCAGUUUUUGUUUAUAUUUAACAGUUGAGGCCCUUGCAUCUGAAAUUGUCUUCCCAAUCCUAAGCAUCAGUUUUUCUCUUACACUUCCCUGAAGCCAUUUUGUAUGUUAAUGAUAGCAGUAGUUUUGUCCAUUAUUUACAUUUCCACAAAUGUGCAAUAAGAUCAUCUUGCAAUACUGGCUUUGGAAUUUUAUUGAAUUUUUUUACCCGGAAAGAGCAAACAUGGUUCAGAGACACAAGCUGGACCAGAGAGACCAAGUCUUUGGUCGUUAACGUAAUCCAACUCGCAGAGUGGUCAAUUUGUUUUGCAACAAGAAUAACAAAUCCUUAUUUCAAUCUUGAUUAAUCUGCCCACAAAGCGUAAUUGCAUUGUGCGUUAACAUAUAUCGUUGACCUGCAUCACUAUAUUUAAUUAUGUGUGCUGCUCUCUUUGAAAGGUGUUGUACUUGUAUAGAAUUUAUAUAUAUGAAGGAAAAUAGGAAACUGAAUAGGGAUGAAUAUCGGUCUUAAUGCUCAGUCAUUUAAUUCCACCUAUGUUCAAAAUCCUUUCCCCAUGAAUGAAUUGUAAAUGCUAUUUGCUCAUACUGGCAUGUAAAAUUAAUUCCCUUUUUUGGGUCUCCUGCACAGUCUGACAAAAGAGCUCGCUCUGUUCUCACAAAAUGCAAUGCAAAGCAUAUGCCUGAAAUUAUUUGAGCUGUUUAGCCCUUUUCUAGAUUUGUAUCGUAUUCAAAGGAAAUCUCUUGUUCCUUGUGCUCUUUACCAUCAUCAGAUUACUUGAUUAUGAACUGUCGACAAGGCCAAGAUCUUAAACCAUUAUCAGGUUAUCCAUACUUAGUAGCAAUUGGGCCCAUAGUAGUGGUAACGAUGAAUUAGUUGUACAUCCAGUGAUACUGAAAUUUACAGGAGAGACAGAGACUUGGUCUUCCACAGGGCAGAAAUUGGGAGGAGGUGGGGAAAAAGGCAGGUUGGAGCUGUUAACAGUAGCUUUGAAUCAUGAAAUAGAGAGUGGUUGUUGCAAUCUAGAGAUUGCACAAUAUGCUCUUGUUUGUAUAUUAAAGUUGAAUAUGGGCAGCAAAACCUGCAUUUAUUUGCAAAAAAUAUUCCUGAAAUCUGAUAGAGAAUGUCAUGUACAGUGUGCAAGGCUCUACAGUACAUUGUUAAUUCAGCACUCUUAUGUGUAUAUAGUUGAAUCAGAAGUUUCCUAAGAACGUAGAUACAGAUUUUGUGCAGAAAUGCCAGGAUAUUAAUUGUUAGCAGUUUCUACAUUUCAAUUGGAAAGCUAGCAGUUGCUCUCAGUUGCUAUCAGUGGCAGCAAGUUGCAUUCUGAUGAUGGUGUCAGGUGCAGUGUAGACGCACAGACUUGCUCUAAAUGCCUUAUACUUGCACGCACAAAACAAUCCUGCACUGGGUGUGAAGAGUGGCCACUGGUGUUUAAAUGGAAGGGAGAGCAUGAGAUCUGUUUUUAGCAAGGUUCUAGGUUUAGGUUUACUCUUUUUUAAUCUUUCUAAGUGAUGAGUUGGUGAUUUUGAUUAUUUAAAAUGUUAGGGAGUCUUUUCAAGUGUUUUACAGUAUUUAUACCUUUUAUUAAGGUGCCUUUAGCUUUUAUUGUGAUUAUUUUUAUGUUUUCAAAUUUGGAACGUUUCCAAGACCUUUCGAUAGAUUUGGCAGGGCUUGAACAAGGGUUUUGAUUUUGCUGGUUGUCUGAGGGCCUUUUGCACACAAAGUUAGUUUUGACCACCUGUAGUAAUCCCACUACAAUGCAAAAGCUCAUUCUGCAGAACAAGAUCUUGCCACAGAGGAUUCCACCUAGCAAUCUCUGGGAGAUCCUGCUGGAUCAGCAGAACUUGACUUUGAUUUUUUUUACAGCUGUCACUGAGAGCAGUAACCGUAAAUAGGUUAAUAGUGGUGCAAAGGAAUGUCCCAGCUAUUAGAUACUAAGUUGAAUAGAGUAAAGACUGAAAUAUGCUUGGACCAAAUGGUCUCUUUCUUUGCCUGAAGGAAGAGCUUCUGAAGAAAAGCAUAAUUUUUAAUCUUGUGUGAACAAGUGCUGAACCUCCUCUAGCCAUCCCUUAAAUAGAUAGCACAGCAUAGUGCAGAACCCAGCACUCUAACACCAGUCACAAUGCUGUUGGACAGUGUAAUAACUGAGAAUACAAAAUGUGACACCAUUCACCACCCUCCUUCAGUAUUUCACACCAAAAAUCAUCUUCCUGCAUUGGUUCAUUCGAGAUCAUAGGCUUCUGCAUCUCCAAGACACAUCUCAUUGCACUAGAUUAACUAAACUGCUGUAGAGGGCAGUUUACGCAAGGUGGGAAACAUGACAAUUUAAGAAAUUAAAGCCAAGGCAAGCUUGACAUCCCCAAGUUGCCCUUCCAAAGGAAAAUAUAAAGGUGGCACGAGCAGUGUGCCAGGUAAACAGUAGAAUCUGAUAUCUCAAGCAUCUCUGUUAUCAAGACUUCUAGUAUCACUAAAUCCUGUAGUGGUUUUGUCUAGUAUAUUUCUUUCCAGGAUUUUCCUGGAUUUUAUCCCACCUGUGGUAGUUAUGCAUAGAAAACGUAUUCAGAGUAUCUGCAUACUCCAGCAACAAAAGAAAUGUUGUAAUAUUAUUCUGUGAGCAUUUCCAGAAACUGAUUGAACAGCAGUUACAGUUCCUACUCAGAUUGGAUAAAGAUGAGUGUACUUGAAUAGCAAGCAAUGCUCAAAGGAUAAAAAUAUCACAUGGCCCAUUGGAAUGGAACGGAAUUGAUUGGGUCAAGGAGGGAUUAAGAAUGGGAGAGAUUAAUCAAAGGGAUAUUUUCAGAACGUGUAAUCCAGGCCAAAAUUAAUGUUCACAGACACUAGUGCUGAUGAUGGAUACAUGAUAAACAACUGAACUUUGGCGAAAACACCAAUAGAGUUAAUGAACUAAUGAUUUUGUGGCUGCAUAUAUUUUUCAGAAGGCAUUUCAUAAAGUUUCUUAUAAUGGAUUUGUUAACUAAAAGGACAGUGGUAAUGUUGAUACGAAAUUAUCUUAAGGCAGAAAGUAGAGAGCAGUUCUUCAUCAAUAACGGUAUAACCCUUGAG